AUGGAGGUACCCUGUGACAUCUGCCUCGACGCCAAGGUCAAGGCCCUGAAGUCCUGCCUGGUGUGUUUGGCCUCUUAUUGUGAGACGCAUCUAGAGCCUCAUCACAGAGUUGCAGCCUUGAAAAGACACAAGCUUAUCAACCCCAUAGAGAACCUGGACGACAUGCUUUGUAAACCACACAAUAAAUUUUUCGAUCUGUUCUGUAGAACAGAUCAGAUAUCCAUUUGUGUCAAAUGCACAGAACACAAGACUCAUGAUACAGUCACUGCCGAGGAAGAGUAUAAAUAUAGGAAAGCUCAGGUAGGGAAGGAAAGGGCUGUGCUACAGCAGAUGAUAGAAAAGCGGGUGCAGAAAGUCGAGGAGAUCAAACACUCAGCAAAUCUCAAUAAGAAAGAUACAGAGAGAGAGAUAGCUGAGGGUAUUGAGGCCUUCACUGCUUUAAUUAACUCCAUCCAAAGAGCUCAGACUGAGCUGAUGGAGGGCGUCGAGGAGCGACAGAGAGCAGCGGAGAGACAGGCUGAAGGAUUCAUCUGCAAACUGGAGAAGGAGAUCAUCGAGCUCCAGAGGAGAUCCACCGAGCUGGAACGUCUCUCGCACUGUGAGGUCCAGAUCCACCUCCUCCAGAGCCCCUUACCCUCGUCUUCCUCCUCCUCUUCCUCGCAAAUAAAAAACUGGUCUAACAUCACUGUCCACAGUCAUCUGUAUGUAGGGAUGGUGAGGAAAACUGUGACUCGACUGGAGGAGACAUUCACCAGAGAGAUGGAGAAACUGCUGAAACACAUGGAGAAGUUGUAUGCAAUAGAUGUGACCCUGGACCCUGAAACGGCACAUCCUCAACUCCGCCUGUCCAAGAAUGGAAAACAAGUGAAAUAUGGGGACACAUUACAGAGGCUUCCCAACAAAUCAGAGUGGUUUGAUCAUAAUGUCAGUGUCCUGGGAAAAGAAGGCUUCUCUUCAGGUAAAUUCUACUUUGAGAUUCAGGUCAAAGGGCUUGAGUGGGAUUUGGGAGUUGUUAGUGAAUCAGUCAAAAGAAAGGGAGAAAACGCACUCAGCCCCAAGAAUGGCUACUGGAUUAUAUGGCUGAGGGAUGACAAUCAGUAUGUGGCUCUAGAUGACCCCCGUGCCCCCCUCAACCUUGAAGAGAAGCCUGAAAAGAUUGGUGUGUUUGUAGAUUAUGAGAGGGGGUUGGUGUCCUUUUAUGAUGUUGGGGCCUGGACACUGAUCUACUCUUUUACUGGCUGCAAUUUCACUGAGAAAAUCUAUCCAUUCCUGAUCCCCAGCAGUUACGUUUGGAAUGACUACCCUCUGAUUAUUACUACUGUCAAACCUACACAUUGAGUUUGAUCAGCAACUUUUUCUUC